GCUCCACAAUCCGUAGUAUCCUGAUCCCUAUUUUUCAGUCAUUCUCGCGCCGGCUCCCUCCAAGAAAGAAAAGAGCAACGGGAAAUCUGGUCGAAGGCGAAAGAUCUCUUCGUAGGUGAACCCAAGGAAGUCAUUGACGACCAUGGCCUUAGAUCUUUUCUUUGCCAGGUAGCUACCGUCGUCGCGAUCAUACGUACAGCACCCGCACCUCACAAGUAGCUUCCUCAAUAGAGUGCUAUUAGUGGAAUCGAAUCUGACAAUGGUUUCAUCCAAGAUACUCCUCGUCCUUGCAUGUUUAAUCUCUCUGCUAUCGGUGGUAUGUGGGAAAGAUAAGACUCCCAACUUUGGCGAAUUGGGGUGUAGUGGGUGCAGCGAACCAGGUCACUUUUGUGGAAUUGAUGGCAACUGCCACAUCUUCUCUUGCCAGAACUACUAUCAAUAUGCCGACCGCAAGUUGACGGGCUAUGCCGACAACACGACCUUUCAGUGCUUUGGCUAUACCCAAGGAGACCAAGAAAACGCCCAUGGUGUUAUCUACGGAUGUGACCCUCUUUACCCCUUGGUCAAAAUGACACCCGGCAAACAGGUCACCGAGCCCUUUAACCGAAAAUGUAGUGCCGAACGAGAGGGUGGCUAUCUGUUUGAAUGCUACGAGUUCCAGCCGAGUGAAACCGCCACGGACUUUACCUUUUUCGAACGAGAAGCCGAGUCUUCCUUUCCCGACUGCAAGGGAGGCAAACAGCCCAAAUACUAUUACAUUAUUGCCAGCAGCAAUCACUACGUUGGAUUCGAGGGAUUGCAAGGGAAUCCCAUUGUGGCCGGCGGCGCCGACAUUGACGGAGAUACCCUUUGGCAAGUCAAUGAGAUGCGAAGCUUCAAGAGAGACAUUGCCAUGAUGUCCAUGUAUGCCAACGUUGUGGGAGGGCCCAGUCCUCCCUCGCAAGUAAAACCCAUUCAAGCUGGAUCGAUUGGGAAAAAUCCAUUGAGAAACCAGAGACCUGGAAAUCACGGGGGACCGCCGGAAAACGCAGCCACUUUGUCGUUCAGCGGCAGGAAUGCGGCUCUUGCCCUGGGGUUUGGUACGCUUCUCCAGUGGUUGCUUCUUUGAGGAGAGAGUACGUUACGGCAUGGAAUGGCAUUAGGUUUCACAAUGAACAAAACAAUUUCUAAGCUUAGAUAAAAGAAUUAGGAUGCAUGAUUUC